AUGCGUUAUAUUGCAGCAUUUGAUGGUGCGAGCAACAACGUUACUACUGCCAAUGCCGAUAUCUUCAACAUCGAACAAGAGAAGGCGCUGAUAAGCUACAUUCUCCAGGCCAGCGACAUCAACUAUGGAAUUAGUUUGAUGGAGCUUCGUAAGCUCGCGUAUGAAUUUGCUCGGAAAGUUGGCGCGUCGUAUCCGGAUCCAUGGAACGACGAUCAACAGGCGAGUAAGGAUUGGCAGUUAGCGUUCAUGAAACGCCACAAAAAUUUGUCACUGCGAACACCAGAGCAAGUAAGCCAGAGCCGUGCGAAGCGAUUCAACAAAGAGAAUGUCGAUGCAUUCUUUGCCAACCUUUCAUCCGUUCUCGGUGAGACGCCGUUUGAACCUCGCCGAAUAUGGAACAUGGAUGAAACCGGGUGCCCGACCGUGCCAACCAGACCUGUCAAAACCAUCGCGCGCAAAGGACAAAAGCAGGUCGGCUCAUCAACAUCUGCCGAAAAAGGCACCAAUAUGUCUUUGGCUUUGGCCGUCAGCUCUAGUGGCCAGUCUAUACCGCCAUUCUUCCUCUUUCCCCGAGUCAACAUGAAAGAGAUUUUUAUGACUCAUGCGAGUCAUGUCGCUGUUGGUGUUGCGAACGGUUCUGGUUACAUGAACUCUGACGUAUUCACUCAAUUCAUGCGUCAUUUCAUCAAGCACACCGGUGCUAAUGCCGUUUCGCCAACCAUGUUGCUGCUGGACAACCACGGUUCGCAUUUAUCGAUCGAGGCGAUAGAUUUGGCGUUGGAUCAUGGCAUCACGUUGCUGUCUUUUCCGCCGAAAUGCACGCACAAAAUGCAGCCGCUAGAUGUUGCGAUUAAUGGUGUUUUGGGGGAUGAUAAUCCAUCACUUCGAACUGCGGAGAAAUGGUUUCGUCGAUUUAGAGCGGGUGAAAACGACACCAUGGGUAAGUUAGCCGGCGGAAGACCUGUUACGACGAAUACCGAACAAAUCAUGGAAAACAUCGAUACACAAUAA